AUGGAGGAAGGAUCGUCUUCGCUGCCCCAAGUCAAUCACCCUCAUUCGUGCCGUUGCCUUGUCCGCAAGCUGUCUCCCAUCGGGACUCGGUCCAACUUGGGACGAUCAGCUGCAGGCGAUCCUGCCCCUGCCCCUGCCCCCGCCCCCGCCCCCGCCCCCGCCCCGGGUGUCGCUGAUAAGGAGUCCUCGACGAUGGCAUCCUCGUCUUCGCACGUCGACUUGAGCGCAUGGCAUCGUUCCAACGACCAUCCUCGCUCCUACAAUGACCCCACACGUGUGGAGAACGUCGUCGCUCCUGGCCUGUCGCGCUCUUCGACGUGGGAAUUGAUCACGCCGGGAACGGAUGACUCGGCCGUCAAGCUCGAAGGGGAACUCAACGCUAGCCACGAACCCAGCUCCACGACUUCGACCACUUCGACGAGCCGCGAGUUGACGCAGCUCAUCGAGGAAUUGGGGAAUCAACUCGAGUCGUUGAACACGACCGAUCGUUCGUUGGUACAAGGUUCGCCGCGAAAACCAGCAACGGCGGCAACGACGAGCCCGGUGAUGACGGGCAAAGCCGAUCCGAGGUUCGAGAGGUGAGUUCAGCCCUUUUGGCCUUCUCCCUGGGCUUGUAUUAUCAGGUCUUACGACUGAUUCAAACAUUUGGCGCAAUGCAGUGCCAUCUCGAACCUCGCGCAAUCGCUGAUCCUGCACCACCACUCGAACAUGACCCCGGAACUGGUCUCACCGACGCACGCGCGCUCCCGACUCUACUUUGCGUUCGAGAAUCUCGUCGAGUUGGGGUUGGAGAUGGCCCAAAUCGCACCUAGCUCGGAGGAUUAUGCGCGACAAGUCGUUGAGGACUUGUUUCCUUUCGAUCGUUGUGCGACGGCCGGCCAAGACUCGGAGUCGGUUCGGCCACCCUGUUCGACUAGGCCGGGCACCGAGCCGAGUCCAUCGUCGACUCAUGUCAGUGUAAGCUUGGCAUCUCUCAGGGUUCUGCAACGAGAAGUCGAGAGCGUUCAGGAACAGGUCGAACGCUUGGCACAGGCGCAUGGUCAAUUGGCUGCCGAGGUCGUCGGUUCAGAAAAGUCGGCAACGACGAACCGACUUAUCCUCGCUCGAUUGAACCAUCUCGACACCAACACCACGAUGCACCAAUCCACUCAAAACGGACCGGAUCAUUCGACGCGACAAAUACUCGCACGAAUGCAGGCCCAGAUGAAGGACGAAGCUGCCGCUCGCGAGAAGCUGGCCACGACGAAUCGCCUCAUCCUCGCUCGAUUGAACCACCUUGAUUCCAACACCGCUAGGCAUGGGCGUGCUGGUGGCGAGUCAGAUCAAUCGACAACGCAAAGCCUUGCACGGAUGCAAGCGCAAAUGGAAAACGACGCUGCAGCUCGGGAAAAGUUAGCCGCGACGAACAGGCUCAUUCUUGCUCGACUGAAUCACCUUGAUACCAAUACUCUGAUUCGAGCCCAACCAGACGAGGGAACGAGAUCAAGCCUUGCGCGGAUUGAAGCUCGAAUGGACGCCGAAGCUGCCGCUCGUGAAUCACUAGCAGCGACGAAUCGGUUGAUACUCGCUCGACUGAAUCACCCCGGCACCGAUGCAAGGCACGAAUAG